GGGGCAACUUAAAAUGGAGCGUUUAAAGAAGCUCUAGGUUUUGUGAGCUUAAGGGGCGAUUUGGAUCAAACACUCUUGCAUGUUGCAGAAGAAAGCUGAGACUGAUCCAUAAAAUCUCUUACAACCAUGACUGACUAUGGGCAGGAGCAGGAGAUGGAAAUUGAAGCAUUGGAAGCUAUACUUAUGGAUGAGUUUAAAGAAAUUCAUUCUAGUGAGAGCGGGUUAGAUACUUCAAACCGAUGCUUUCAAAUAACGAUAUCUCCACAGGAUGAUGAUGCAGAUGAUCCAACUGAUACUCCAGUUCAGCUAGCUCUCAUUUUCUCUCACACAGAGAAGUAUCCAGAUGAGCCUCCAUUGCUAAAUGUGAAAAGCAUACGAGGUAUACAAACGGUUGAUCUUAGAAUUUUGAAAGAAAAGCUUGAACAAGAGGCAUCUGAAAAUCUUGGUAUGGCUAUGGUCUACACUCUGGUUACAUCAGCUAAAGAGUGGUUGUCUGAAAAAUAUGGUCAAGCUGCAGGCAAUGAUAUCAUUGAAGAUGGACAGGCAGAAAAAGAAGAUGUAGUUAUACCACACGGAGAACCUGUUACAGUUGAAACAUUUCUGGCAUGGAGAGAAAGAUUUGAAGCAGAGUUGGCACUUGAGCGAGCCAAGCUGAUGCCCGAGUCUGCACUUACAGUCCCCAAGGAGAAGAAGCUUUCAGGCAGACAGUGGUUUGAAAGUGGCAGAGCGAAAGGAGCAGCGCCAGUUAAAGAAGGAUCUGAUGAAGAAGAUGAGGAGGACAUCGACUUUGAUGAUGAUGAUUUUGAAGAUGAUGAAGAAGAUAUGCUUGAGCACUAUCUGGCCGAGAAAUCCGACUCAUCUUCUCACUCUUCAAGGAGAGCCAACUAAAUGGAAAUAUAUGGUAUUGAACUCCUACAUGGAGAACCAAUUGCCUGGAAAUUAUACCAUUUCAUGUUGGGACCGUCAACUACUGUAUCUUUUUGCCCUGGUAUUUCUGGAUGGAGAGGGAAAUGUAGAUUAGUUGUUGCAUGUUUCUUUUUAUUAUUAGAAAGUGCAAUUGAAAAUUUGUACUCAUGAAACGAGAAAAGAAAGAUUUAGAACUUGGAUUGCUAUAUAAUGCUUCAAGGAGAAAGAAAGCCAACGCCAAUUUUGGUAUUUUGUAGAAUUGGCUUCCUCAAAUGUCCCAAGUUUGAAAGGUAAAAGGAGCUGUUACACCA